UCAUGUGUUUAGCAUGCAUACUAUGGGGGCCACUGUACUCUUCCCAGUGGCCUUAAGCAAUAGUAUAUUUCAGUGUGAACCUCUUGAUGUGUUUGAACUAGUUGCUAUGUGCUGGUUGCUAGGAUACAAGCUCUUGGAUUUAACUGUAUGCAUGCCACUGUCAAGUUCCUAACUUCUUUAAAGGAAGCAUUUCCAUUCUUUGAAGGUGGCAUCAGCAGUAUUCUGCCUUCAACCAGUGCCUUGACUGAGACAGGAAAAUCUUACCUCACAACAUCUCCCUCUGUAUCUUCAGAGAAGAUGGGGCGUCUCCCCCUGGGAGUUGUUUCUCCCUAUGUAAAAACAAGCUCUGGUGGGAGUGUGGACCCUAUGAAAUUCUACUGCACCAGCUAUGGCACAGCUUAUGGUCAGGAAGGGUUUCGUCCUCGCAAUGCUUUCCACUCUGGAGCUGGUUACAAAUCCAAUUACCGGCCUGUUGUCCAAUACAAACCAAGUCUGGACAAAUUAGAUAAUCCAGCUAUUGGGAAGCUCCUUAAGGACAACUAUGAAUCAACAACUACCAAGCACUUCCAGCCUCUUCAACUCCCAGAUGGAAAGUAUCCUCUGCCCUGGAGUGUAUACCAGCCGGGGAGUGGGUAUGUCCGGGAAAAGCCAGUUUCUUUUCCCACCACUAAAGCUGUCAAGCAAGUCCAUUUUGACACCACGGACCAGGGAGCCCAGGCUAUAACAGGGCUGGAGCCCAAACAUACUCCGGAUCUCCACAAGUCACAGGGAAGAGGUUCUAUUGAGGUGGAAAAUGCCAGACAUGGCCCUCAUUACAUGUCUACAGAGUAUGGCUCAAAGUUCCGCUUCAACAUCCCAGGACAACCAGAUUUCCUGCAAAAGAAAACAAUUGGAGCCAAAGAAGAGACAGGAUUCACUGAAGGCUGCCUCACCAAUCCCAUUCUGGACAAAACAACAGCUCAGGGCAGCAUGCCAGGGAUCAGCAUUACGAAGACAGAUUAUCUGCCACCUUCUUUUCCCCAUGGUGAUGAAUUUCUCCCAGUCCUUUCCAAAGGCUCUGAGAGAGGGUCUGGAUUCAGUCGGCAGAAUAAUCUUGGCCUUGGUACUGCAGCAGCUCCACCUGGAGCAGAGGUAUCUGGGCCCCUGAGCCAUGCUCAGUUCCAAGGGCUUCAGAGGCAACCUCGGACACAGACCAGUCUUCUAGGACGAGAAUAUGUGGGCAACAAGGAGCCAACAGGAUUCAGCCUCAAUAACCACCCUUAUGUGACACCGGCAUAUGAUCCUGAUCAUCCCAACAGGUUCUUGACUAGCUAUAAUUCCAAGUUUUAUGAAAACAUUCCAAAGGGUGUGGACAGGGAAGGCUGGACGCGAGGAGGGAUCCAGCCUCAGCAGGCAGGUGGUUUUGCUACCAACAACCACGCCACUGAUUUAGGCACUCAUCCCAAUGCCACAGAGACCUUGAGGACUGUUCAUCCUCAUGUUGGCAGGACAAUCACAACAGUAGAUCCAUUCUAUCGUGAUUCUCCCCAUGACCGCCGUUUCACAGCUCUCCAUCGGACAACUUCACCCAAUUAAUCUCUAUUCUGAACUGGAGUGCAGCAACUUUGAGCUUCAGGCUGAUAUUCCACAGGCCAAAGAAGGAACACCAAUGAUAGUACUGUCAUGUCACAACUAUCAUUUUUUUAUGUCAA